GUCCAUCGAAGCUUGGAGGCGACUCGCCCGUAUCUCCCAUUCCUUGUCUUUUGCAACGCUGAGACAAGCAGGCCGGAGAUAUAGGGAAAAAACAUAAACGCUUCACAGUUCUUUUUUGUUUUUGUUGGAUCUUCUUGUAUCAUUCGCCUCAUAUUUACUAAAACAGUUUCUCUCAACUGCGACCGCAGUCUUCGUUUAUUUAUUCUUCCCGAGGAGGCUUUCUUUUCGUAUUGGCGUUCCUGGUGCGGGCUCUCAAAGAGAGCACCCGACGUACAUAGCUUCCUUGGCGAGCGCGCUUACACACACACACACACACACGCAAGCGCUUUGCAUUAACAAAAGGAAAAUACGGUUACGGGAAGACUCACUUCUGCACGUGUGUGUGUUUGUGUGUGUCCUAGUGCUUAUCAGCCCACCUCCUCGGUGCACCAUACACCGAACCGCACGGCAGCAUCUGAAAAAAAAGAAAAGAAAAAUAGGAGGAGCACAGUCAAAGAACCAAAAGAAUGGAAUGCUCCGAUACGUUGUUGGUGAUUGCCUCCUACUUGACCAAGAGAGAUUUAGUGGCGGUGAGUGGUACCUCUCAGUUGUGUAGGAAGGUAAUCACGGAGUCAUGUAUCACCUAUGAAGAGAAGCAGUACCUCGUCUGGCCUUGUAUGAAGGAGGACUACGUAGAGCUCGCUCCCCCGAGCAAAAUUUUAGCCCUCGGCCUUGUCGGGAAUGAGCAGCGGUUGUUCGUGUUAAUCCGCACUGUCACGGAGACGUCGAGAUUGGAUGAGAUUGAAUGCUACCUCUACACCCGGUUAGUGAACGCAGACGGCACCUUGUCAGAGUAUCAGAAAGAGCUGCCCACGUGCUUCGCCUUCCCCACCUCCUCCUCUCGAUUUCUUGGCAAUCGCUUUUUGGUGUGCACGACGCGCGAGGGCGAGCUGCACGUCUUUGACUGCCUCAUGGAGGCCAUGCUGGAGCUGCCGGUCGGCAUCGACGGUUUCUACCCUUCACCCGAUGGGGAGAGUUUUUUGAUCGACUGUGACCGCAACGCGUAUCUGUGCAGCACCACGUCACACAUCGCCUGCUGGUGGGAGAUGCGCCAGGUGGAGCCGAAAGGCGCCGCGAGUGGCGCCUUCCACCGCGGCCCACACGCUGCACAUGCCUCCUUGGUGGAGGCGCGGCUGCGUGCGCAGCUCUGUCCGCUGCCGGUGCCAAUUGGGUCGUGCCAUCAUGGUGAUAGCUAUCCGUACAAUCGCAAUAACGCUCGUGCCGUUGGCGGGGCUGACUCUUGUCUCACCUCGUCCGCCUCGCCUCUACCGCCCUUGCAGUUCUGCUUGGACGCCAGCAGUGUGGCGUGGCGCUCUUUUUGGGUGGGCAGCAGCUCUGCUCUGUAUGCCAACGAAGCAGGCGUGUUUUUACUUCGGCCGAGCGUGCCGCGCCGCUGCCUGGAGGCGGAGGAGCUGCCCUCGCUUUCCACCGUGAGCGUGAGUCUGGUCGACAGCAGCUGCGGGGACGUGUACGCGACGCCGUGUGAGCUGCACGACGAAUACGCCAUCAUGAACUCGCGCGAGGCGCACCUGCACAUCGUCAACUACUCCCCGACGCGCCCCGUGGAAAUGCGGACAAUGGACCUCGCCCACAUCCUCCCUCCGCGUGUCGCGGUGAAAGGGGUGUGCAUUGCCGUUACCCGUCGCACCUACCUUGUCUACCUGCAGCACCUCAUGCAGGACCAGGUGUUGCUCCUCUCCUCUGAUCUCACCCUCACCCGCUGGGUUUCGAUCGAGCGUCCGUCCUGCUUUGCGCUUUGGCGUCAGCAGGCGACGCUUGUCACGGCGAGCUUGUCGGACAGCCGGGGCGAGACUUCUCACCCAUUGGUAGAGGCCGUCGAGGGCGGGCUCGGCUGCGUGUACACCUUUGGGAUGCGCCCCCCGGAGGCGUCUUCUGUGGCCUCCGCUGAUCCGUUUGUCUCUGCCGUGAAGAUCACUUCCUCUGCGCAAGGAGAUGGUGGUGGCGCGGCAGGUGACUACAAACUGCCGGCAAGACCACGAGCAUUUAAUGGCGUGGAGGCUCUUUCGUGGGCUGCCUUUGGCGUGGUGUCGGCGUCGCUGCUGUGGACGCUGACGGCGCUGUGCUACAACGGAUGGUGGCUGCAUCUGCAACUUCUGUUUUGGGGGAAAGUCGCGUAG